UCGAACAGGGUCAGGGGCGAGCUGUGCGUACUAUGUUAGCGACUCUAGAUUCUAUAAGUUUGAAGCUCGUUUUUCUGAAAUACAACAGCAAUUUUUGUGCUUGUGCUCAUUUAGCAUAACUAUCUCUUGAUUCCACGUAAUGAAGUCUGUAGAAAUGAGAUGUAACACCACUCUGUGGCUUGGACGUUGCAUUUAGCUGGCUAGUAACAUACAAUGGUAAAAGUAAUUGACAUUUAGUGCUAGAUGCUAGCUAGCUAUAUGGAUAGCCAGUUGAGUGGAAGUCACACAACCAUAAGAAUUGAAGGGUUCAUAUUGGUACGGAGGGACUGACAAAUGUUCCAAUUUAUUUCUGGAUCGCUGCGGAGAAGGUCGUCCUUCAUUAUAAAGGGAUUAAGGGGUAAUCCAUCGAAGAAUCUGUGCAGCAGUAGCAUUUGUGACGCUGAUACCAUCUUUGCGCUGUCCUCUGGCCAUGGGAGAUGUGGUGUGGCUGUGGUGCGUGUUAGCGGCCCCGCCUCUGGUCUAGCUCUAAGCAGACUGGCAGGCCGGGCACACAGCCGUACUGUUCCACGUACUGCGCACCUUUGCAACUUAGUUGACCCUCGUUCCCAGGAGCUGCUUGACAGGGGACUGGUCCUCUGGUUCCCAGGUCCUCGCAGUUUCACAGGAGAAGACAGUGUGGAGUUUCACAUCCAUGGUGGUCCUGCUGUAAUUAGCGGGGUCUUACAAGCCUUAGGGGGCUUGCCCGGGGUUCGACCUGCAGAAGCCGGGGAGUUCACAAGACGAGCCUUCCAUGCCGGGAAGCUGGGCCUCACGGAGGUGGAGGGACUUGGUGACCUGAUUCACGCGGAGACGGAGGCCCAGAGGAGGCAGGCUCUCCGACAGAUGGCUGGAGACCUGGGUCAGCUCUACCAUGAGUGGAGCCAGAGGCUGAUCAGGGUAAAAGGGCUCCCACUGAGGUCCAUACAGCAUCGCAGCAUAUCCUACCAGUGCCUCAAUUACUGCUUGGCUCACAUCGAGGCUUACAUAGACUUCAGUGAGGACGAGCUUAUCGAGGAUGGGGUCUUAAACCAAGUGGACAUCUCUGUGUCCGAGCUCCAGAAGGAGGUGGAAAGACAUCUGCAGGAUGGGCGGAGGGGGGAGAGGCUUCGCAGUGGCGUCCAGGUGGUCAUUGCUGGAAAGACCAAUGCAGGGAAGAGCAGCCUUCUGAACAUCCUUUGUCAGCGUCCUGUAGCCAUCGUGUCUCCGGUUGCUGGGACCACCAGAGAUGUGGUGGAGACGCAUCUGGACAUCAGCGGCUUUCCCGUCCUGCUGAGUGACACCGCUGGCCUCAGAGACUCCCUGGACAGCGUGGAGAGAGAGGGAGUGCGCAGAGCCAGAGAGAGGGUGGAGCAGGCAGACCUGACACUGGCUGUUCUGGACGCCACGCACCUUCCAACAACGCACCGGGGAGUACCCGACUUCCUCUCGAGCCACCUCAGGACUCUGCUGCCCGGCGGAGAAGACCCGGAGGCUGCCGCGAGGCGGUGUCUGCUGGUGCUCAACAAAAGCGACCUGCUUACCGAGGAGCAGGCGGCCGAAAUGCAGAGCGCCCUGGCUCGGGCGAGAGGUCUGCCCCCUGCCUGCCUCAUGUCCUGCCAGACAGGUCACGGGCUGGACGGCUUCAUGGAGGCCUUGCUAAGACAAGUCAAAGCCCUGUGUGGAGACCCCCUUAGUGGUUCCCCCAGUCUGACCCAGGCCCGUCACCGUGCCCAUCUCCAGCAGUGUGUGCAGUCCCUGGGGCAGUACCACCACUAUCGGGAUCUGGACCUGGCAUUGGCUGCAGAAGGGGUCCGAUUGGCCCUCACCAGUCUGGGCAGGAUCACAGGCAAGGUGGGGGCGGAGGAAAUCCUGGAUGUCAUCUUCAGGGACUUCUGCAUAGGAAAAUAGGCAGCUUGCCAAGGCCCGAACCGAGACCGUGACAUGUGGUGGUCAGUUGAGACGAUUGAAUAUUGUUGGUUUCUGUUUUGGGGAUUGGAGCUAAUAAACAGUCUCAGUUACUGCUUGCCUCUCCAUGAGGACCUCAAUGCAGAACUUGAGGAGUAAGUUGAGUAUUAGCUUUUUCAUUUCAGAAGUGCCUCUUGCGAAAAUGCUAUAAAAGACCUUGCGCUUUGUGUCUUUUGACGUGAGCCAUGCACUCAGUUACGCAGGAAAGGGACUUUUCAGAAGCAGAAGCACAAUGUCCUUUGUUCCCCUGUCAAUCUGGCCUUGAUUAAAUAUUUAUGCUUCCUCGAUGACCCUUUCACCCCUCUUCCCAAGUUUAUUCCUCACUGCUGCCUCUGACGGCAUCUCCUCCUCUGUAGAGCUUGGCUCGGCUCAGCAUGGUGUACCUUCAAACCUUCCUCCAGUUCACCCCAGGGACAUGUUCACAUGUUCUUUUCAUCUGCUGAUUGAUUAAUUGAAGGGCUUUGCAUGAGACAGCUGGUCUAAAAUAAGAACAUGUGUUUGCGUGUUGCUGUACUGGUUACGUUGGUGAUUCCUUGGAAUGCCAGAAAAAACAAACAAUGUGUGGAAUAUCUGGAAUAUUCUUUUGUUGCCUGUGUGAAAUUCUGUUUUGAGCCUUUGAAAUCUUUAUGUAAAGGGGCAUUCCAUAAAUAUAUAAACAAAAUAAAUCCGCAAAUAACAUAAGAAUCCUUUCUUUUGUCAUACUGUAGGUUGUAUUGUGUGUGGUAUUGCAGUUCUUUAGGUCUCUUUGUUAAAUUUUUUUGUGUCAUGCCUGGCCGACUGUCUUUUUUGUAUUUAAAAUAACAAAAUUAUAUCUUAUGGACAAAUAACUCUUAAUACAAUCAUAUGAUCAGUUUUAGAAAUAUUAUUUAAUUAGUGCAUCCCCUUAUUCAGUGGCUGACCAAAAUCCCAUAGGUUGCAUAUUAUAUAUUCAUAUUAUAUAUUUCCAUUUGUACUACUGAAUUAUUUAACUACAUGACCAGGAAAUUGAUAUGUUUGACUUUAAAUGUGUAUUGAUUCAAACUGUGGGUGAAUGUGUUCCCAUCUGAUGUAUAGGUUAAAAAAUAUGCAAUAAAACAAGCAUAACGUUUUUAA